AUGACAUAUGAUAUCUCCGUUCCUGAUGCUUAUAGAUACAGAGUUAUUUUCGACCAGCUGCAACCAACCUACGGGAAAUUAUCUGGUGAAAAAAUUAGAGAGGUGUUUUUAAAAUCUCAACUGCCAGUUGAAACUCUUGGAAAAAUAUGGGAUCUUUCGGAUAUCGACAACGAUGGUUGUCUAGAUCAGAGUGAAUUUAUUAUUGCUAUGCAUCUUGUUCAUCGUUCACUUAAUGGAGAAAGCUUACCAGACAAACUUCCUCAGAGUUUAAUUCCGCCGGAUAAAGAAGGUUACUUCUCGAACACGACUACUACUACUACUGCCUCCAAUCAUCCUGCGCUGUGUUCACCAGCUAUGACCACCAGUGAAUCGGAUUUUAGUUUGGCUCUAGUUCCUAUUCAAUCUACCACUGCAACAUCUGAAUUAUUAAGCCCGAAGAUGGGAAAUGUUAGAGAUUCAUCCGCACUUGCAUUGGUGGCUUUUUCAACCGGUGUGGAUACAUUUACCACACAAUCAACGCACACAAUUCCUAGUGUUUGGUCUCUGUCUAGUCAUCAUCAUCAUCAGCCAUACCUUCAGUCGUAUAUUUUUCCUGACUGGGCUAUUUCAUCAGAAGAGCAUGCCAAGAAUUCAAGAGUAUUUGCUGCAAUCGAUUUGGAUGCUGAUGGAUUAGUUUCUGGGCCGGAAGUGAGAGAUAUUCUAAUGCGAUCUGGACUACCUCAGGAUAUUUUAGCUCAAAUAUGGGAACUGGUUGACAUACAGAAUACAGGUCUCCUAAACAGCGAACAAUUUACAGUUGCUAUGCAUUUGGCAACAGAACAGUUAUCUGGAGGUUUAUCAGCACGUUCACUGCCAACUGUACUUCCACCCUCUCUAAUCCCGCCAAGUUUACGACCCACUCCUCCUGAUCCAUCGAUCUUUGAAGAAUCAAAUAAAUUGAUUGCUGAAAUAGAAGCUUUAAAUCGAGAGAAAUCUGCUGUAGAAUCAGCUUAUGCAACAUUGGCUAACGAUUCUCAGCGUCGAGCAUCGGAGGCUACUGCGAAACAACGUACAAUUGAUACAUUGAAUCAUACAUCACGUUAUCUAGCUAAUCAACGUAUUGAAGCUGAACGUCGCCUGGCUGAUUAUCAUCGUGGUAAAGAAUCACUGGAAGGUGUACUCAAUGAUAUUAAAAAUCAUGUGAUGAAUGAACGUCAAAAAGUUGAAGAAAUGCGAAUGAAAAUCAACUCUCAACAAGCUUCAACGAAAAGUCAAAAAGAAGAAAUUACCUGUUUACGAAAUGAACUCAAUGAGCUGAUAAGAGAAGAGGCGAUGUUACAAGAUAAAAUUGCUGAAAAUCAACGUCGUUUAGAACAGAUUGAAAAAGAAAAUCGACUGGCUCAAUCACGUGUAGAUCAAGCUAAUAUGAAACUAGGCACCUUAGAAUCUACACGUAGUCAACUGCUAGAAGUUCUUGAGCAGUACAAUGGUUUGUUGAAUGGUGAUGAAAAUGCAAAGGAACCAGAUGAAGCAAGAGUUAAAUCCUUGCUUUCAGAUGAAAGUCCAGAAGGUAGCCUGCGAAGUAUCGAUACUGGGCUAGGCGGUAUCACUUGGUCGAACAGUUUUGGACCUAUGACCACCACUUCUACUGCAUUUGGUCAGUCAACGUUAUCAGCAUUUGACACAACACGAGCGAUGAACACGGGUGCUCAAUCCGUACCACUGCCUGUGAUGCUGACCAACCCUUUGCCACGUGGUGGUGAUUGGAAGACAAAUGAUGAGAAAGGUCGUUUAAAUUCUUCACUCGGUUUUCCAUUCCCGUCGGAUCCUUUUGAUACGAUUUCUGGUGAUCCUUUCAAAGUUCCUUCAAAAGGCAAUGACUUUCAUAAAGUGUCUACUGAUGAUCCAUUUAAUAGUCUACCAAUCACUAAUGAUCCAUUCGAAGAUUCCGAUCCGUUUGGUCUAGAUCCUUUCGGUUUGCCGUAUUUGUCGAUGGAUAAAAGUAAAAAGUCUACAGCAAAUGCUGCUGCAUCUGCAUUUGAUCCCUUCAAACCAGAUACAAUAUGCCCUACAACACUGCCGGGAAAUUCUUUACUUGGUGCUGAUUUUGAUGCUGUUUUUGGGCCUUCUAACAGUGGUGGAAUUUCAAAUAUGACAGAUCCAUUCGGUAGUGAUCCAUUUGCUGCUCCUCCUGUGACGUCAUCAUUAUUUAUGGGCAGUAGUACAGACAACAUGACCAGUGGAAAUAGGGAGGUGAAGAACAACAAUAAUAAUAGAGCAAUUUUCGGGAGAAAAUCUCCACCUCCACGACCUAAAACUCAGCCAACUCCUGGUAAAUCUCGAGCUUUCAAGUCUAUGGAGAGUACUUCAAGUUUCGCAGAUAUUCGUUCUGCUGCCGGUGGCUGUGAAGAAGGUGAUGCCGCUAACGAUGAUUUAGGCAAUUAUUAUUAUUCAUCAGCAACAACAGGCAACUCUAUACGAACUCGUAAACGCUUAACAACAACAACACCUGGUAAUUCAAUUCCUCCGCCAACCAAAUCGUUGUCAGCGUUCAGUCUGAUGAAGCCGAAAUCUUCAAGCAAGGCAAAAAAAGAUUUACAAAAUCAUCACUCCGCAUCAUCAACAGCAUCUCCCUCGGCGAAUAGAAAAAAUAUUUCAAAAUCUAGUGAUGUGAUUAUCUUGUCAGAUGAGGCUAGACUUUCAUGGGCUAUUAUGGAAAGUCAGCGUCUUGCACAGAUUGAAGAAGAAGCUCGUCGACAAGAAGAGGCUGACCUGGAACUUGCACUUCGAUUAAGUCAGCUGGACUCAUCAGGUCGACAUUGA